GCAGGGGGGAGCAGAAAGGCGAUUCACUCAGUUUGAAGACACUUUGCCUGACUGGUAAAAUGAAGAACAAGAUCAUCAUCGACGUGGACACAGGUGUGGACGAUGCUCAGGCUAUCAUGAUGGCGCUCGCGGACCCAAACGUGGAGGUUUUGGGGAUCACCUGCAGCCAUGGAAACACCCCCCUGGAGAACUCCUGCAAGAACACACUGAGGGUGUUAAAAACCUGCAACAGGCUGGACAUCCCAGUGUACCGGGGGUGUGCGGAGCCCCUGCUGGCUCGCACACUUCACGCUGGAGAUUUCCACGGAAAGGACGGGCUGGGGGACGUCCCGGAUCCAAACGCUCCGGGCCUGGAGCUGCUGCAGAAGAAGAGAGCGGCGCAGGCCAUCAUCAAGAUGGUCAACGAGCAUCCUGGAGAGGUGACUCUGGUUGCCACGGCGCCCCUCACUAACCUGGCUGUAGCGGUGUCACUGAACCCAAACUUCACCCAAAAACUGAAGGCGCUCUACAUCAUGGGAGGAAACACUGAAUCCAGAGGUAACACUACAGUGUGUGGAGAGUUUAACUUCGUGGCUGACUCCGAGGCGGCCUACAUCGUGUUGGACCGCUACACCUGCCCCACCUACAUCGCCACCUGGGAGUUCAGCUGCAGGAACAGCCUGCCCUGGUCUUUCUGCGACACUUGGCUGGCACAGGACACAGACAAGGCUCGAUUCAUGGAGGAGAUCUACGCCCACACCAGGAAGAUGGUGCAGACUGAGCGGUACCAGAAGGAGCUGGUGUCAGGCCCGGGCUUCAACACCUGUGACUGCUACGCCAUGGCUGCAGCCAUCGACGACACCCUGCUGACGGAGAGUGACGAGGUUGCGGUCACGGUGGAGCUAGAGGGGACUCACACCCGAGGCAUGAUGGUGCUGGACUACAUGGACCUGCUGAAGAAGAAGCACAAGGUCUUCAUCAUGAAGAAAGUCGACCAGGAGAAGUUCCAACGACUGCUGAUGAAUUCACUGAAAUAGUAUCUGAGACAACUCACAUUAUAGCCUCAUCGUAUUAAAGUCAAACCCUUCAUUAUUCCAAACCUUUGUGAAACAUUGCAGGAGAAAACAAUGCAGCUUACCUGCCAAACAUUUUGUAACAGAAAACAUCAUAUUAUUCCUGGCAGUAUAAUUAGUAAAACAAUGUAUCUGUUGCCUUUUAUAACCAUUAUGUUCCACAAAAAUAUUAAAUACGAGAUGAUGACUUGAUUUGUA